GUCAUCCCUGAAAGUAGUCUCGUCCUGCAGCGAGCGUUUACCUCGCUAUAGUACAGGGCUCGUGAGGUUGAGUUGUGCGGAACCAAACGAGAGAGAGAGAGUUUAAAGGUCCUUCUAUCUUUUGCACCGCGCGCGAAGAAAGAUCAACUGAAAUGUCGAAUCCCCAGUGUGACCCGUACAACAGACAACGCCGCGGGGCUGCGCCAGGUCCAAACCCCAUCCACCCUUCCUCCCGCACGACGACUCGCGACAACUACUCUGAGACCGAAGUGGAGUCCAAUGCGGAGCAGAGCUUAUGCGUUGCAAAGAUGGGUGGGUCUGGAAGGUUGCAACCUGUCAUGCUAAUUUUGGAUAGUGCAAAUCCAAAUGCAAAAAUCUGUGUUGCAUGAUUACCAAAAGCCGUCCACUUUUGACAAAGCUGAGAGGGAGUUUCUCAUGCAGACGAGGCAUGAUAGAGGUCGGACAGAAUCUGUCGUGCUGGGUCAUGUAUGACAGACCUCACGCGUCAUGGAAAACCUGCAUGACAAGUCUUCCAACCUUCCAGACCUUUUUACAUUUGAUAGAGCUCCUUGCUCGAUGAUUUCGAAGACCAGGAGGAUUACCUGGGCUUCGGCACCUACAACUUUGGCGGCGGAAGUCGGAACAACAGCAAAAUAAAUCCGGCACAAUCUAAUUUUCGAAGCCUGCAAGAACAACAACAAGCGACGCAACUUCAAAGCGGAAGUCCAGCGGGAAGAAGUGUUAAUCCGUUCUUCAACAAAGCCAGACUGCAGCUUCCGAAAAACACCGUGACCGGCGAGCAAAUCUCCCAGUGGCUGCUCAAGCUCGGGUUCUGCCACAGCUACGAGGACUGCGUCGUGGCGAUAAAAAUUUUACUUAAGGACGAAUUUCUGCUGCCAUUCAACUACAACAGUGGUUCUGGAGAUUUACUACAGUCAGCCACCAAGUCGUACUACAGCCAGCACUUUUACCGGCCCACCGGCGCAGCUCCUGCUAGUACAACGCGUGACAGCAGGGGAGAUGGGACGCGGUUCGAAGACGAUGAGGAAGAGGAUUUAGUUGUGACAGACGAACUGUUAGCUACUUCGCAAGAUCAUGCUGCCGGUAACAACAACAACAACAGCAACUCCACACCUCCGACCACUGGACCCCAGUCGCUGCGGAGGGAAAACCAGGAAAGAAGAGGUUUUCUCGAGCGGUCCAUCAUAGAACCCGUGUUGCACUCGAUCUUUGUCGGUGCGGACGACAGCGGUUCAAGUAUCCUGAGUAAAAACGUACCCACACCAGAGUCAAGAUGGGGAAUCGGCUAGACAAAUCCACAAGUUUUGGCUGUUUUGCAUGACAAAUUUGGAUUCGUAGUGUAGUGCUGUUUGAGCUAGCUCAGCAGCAUCACAGAUCUAGCAUACCAUUCUGAUUGGAGCAUGACAAAUUGCAAAACACGACUAGAAAAUGCUUCUCAUGGAGCUCCGCAUGAGAAACAUUUUCCGCAUGCAGAUUUGCAUUACAACUCUGGCGUGGGUACGUUUUUGCUCAGGAUAUCAAGUUCCUCCGAAGACGAACCCAAAAUCACCGCUUAUGGGUGUGUCAGGAUCGAAAUCGUCCAAGUUGAAAGAAUUUGUAUUGCAUAUAAUGCAUGACGCGAGGCACGUGUGUUGUAGAGCAGGCAAGUGAGGCCGAUUGUAAGCCUGUUUGGGGGUAGAGCUCGAGCUGCUAGAGUAGCAUGAGAAAAUCGCUCUUCUUUGCCUAAACAGCAUGACAAACUAGAUUUAAGGACCGCCAAAAUUUGUCAUGCGCCACUUAGAAACUGGGUUCCGACUGGCAUCCAUUUUUUGCAUGACAAAUCAUUUCACCUUUGUCGAUUUCGAUCCUGGCAGUUCCAUACCGCGUCCUCCACAUCCUACAUGUCCGCGCUGUGGGGCUUUUGCCGGCGGAACCCGCUGCCGGGGAGCGGGGCGUUUGCGAAGAACUUGAACGUGCGGCUGUACCACAUCAACCACGUGGUUGGUCAUGCAAUGACAAACAAGAACAAAACCAACCUGAACAAACGAGUAAAUAAGCCACAGAUGGUAAAAUUGGGAAAAUCGUUGGAGAACACGAUUGUCGUCGAGGUUAAUAACAGAAGCCAAACUUGUUCUUCUACCUUUGGAGGAUCUGCUUCACAGCAACGAAACUACACGUCGUUGAUCAAUGAUGAGAAAGAGAACUGCUUCCACAUAGAAGAUUUGCCGUACCUCUACCACAUUCUCUCCACCGCGUUGGGCUGGAACGUAAACAGUUUCUUCCGGGAUAGGAACGCGGCGGCUCCUGCGGAAGAUGUCGAACUUGCGCCAAGCGAAAACGGGAAAGGUUCAACGAGAAGUCAGCAUAGCUCACCUUCCACGAUCGCUGGAACGACGACAGUUCUAGCCCAGCAGACCGCCUUUUUCACCUACAAAACAGUCCCGAUCCUUGACAGCUUGCAAGAAGAACGACACCUUCUAGAACCGGACAACGCAUCAACAACGAGAACAACGCACGUGACGCCGAGGACGAUCCACACCACUGCAGACAAGAACAGGAAUGAACUUCUGCCAGACUUGUUGAACGAUGCAAACGAAAGUAAAGAUAGGGAAAACAGUAAAGAGUCCGCAAAAUCUCUUACCUCUACUUCUCAACAUCAACCGGCGCAAACUAAUUAUUCGGAGUCCGAGGGGAUGCUGACUGCGCGCGACGAGAUUCUUGCAGAUAGUAUGAACCACGUGCAGGCCCAGGCCAGUUCCGGCGCGGACGAGCAGAGUCAGGAAGAAAUGUUGACCGCGAGGGAAGAGUUCAGUCAAUUCGGUCCGCGUAUCAAGCACAAAAAUGUCUGGGUCUGGAAGAAUGCAUGUUUGUCAUGCUUGUCUGGCAUGCCUCUUAGAUCUGUCAUGCACGUUACCCAAGAGCUCCAUUUUUCUGUGAUGCAGAAACGCAGUCUGUCAUGCAGAAUAGGCAACACCUAGAGGCUCAGCAACUUGUCAUGCUGAGCCAGCAUUUGUGGCCUCAUCAUGAGACGCCACCCAGCAUCACAAGUUUCCAGACCCAGACAUUUUUACAUUUGAUACCGCGAGGCGAGGAACUACGUGGGUCUUUCGGCGACAUCCCCGAGGAGUUUUCGCCUGUGAAACGGAAUAUCAGUGCAGCUGGGUCGACGUCCCCGUUCUUUGAUAGAAGUAGUUCUCGCAUUUCUUCUGACAACUUUCUCCGGUACAACACGCCGCUCUCCCUCGUCGCGCACGGAAAAGUGGUGGAAUUUUCCAAGAAGGUCGACUUUUUGGAGCCGAAUGGCGUGCGGAAGUCGAAGCUCCAGCUGAAACUCCGGGAGGACUAUUCCGAACUUGACCCUCAGAGUAAUCCAAGCUUCGGCCAGGGAGCGCCCGGGCAUUUGUUCACCUUCUGCAAGGUGCCGAACCAAGAUUUGUUGUACGAUGAUAUUAACCCCCACCACGUCGGGUCCCUCCGUGGUUACUACGGAGGUGGAACAUCAGGUGGUCCUUGCACGCAAUCCACAACGGCUACUUCCGGAUCGGAAGCGAGUGAAAGAGGGCGGAACAAUUAUCGCGGUACUACUUCUCCCAGCGAAAUAAACGACGUGAUCCACUACGGCGAUUUACUUCUGCUGCAACCCAAAGUCGCCAAGGCGUCGGACGAGCUAGAUUUCCAGAACUUCGGCACCUACUGCAUGUUGGUGUCGGCCCGGUUCGGGGUCAGCGGCCCGGUGGACCUGAGCGACGAAUUCAAUUCCGGAGUGAUUCUGCUAACGUCCAACGCGGUAAUAAAAGACCCGGACAUCGACGAACACGCAACCGCGUCGGUGCCGCUGGUGCCCACAGACCUCACCGCCCUGUCCCUAAUCAAGCGCAACGCAAUUCGGCUUGGCGGCUACAUCGGGUUCUACAGUGACGGCACGGUGAAUUACCUGGAGCCGCAAACCGCGACAAACAAGGACGCGGCCAGUAGUACCCUAUGUAAAAACGUCCCCACCCCAUGGUCAAGAUGGGGACUUUGCAAGACGAACCUAGGAGUUUUGGGAGUUACGCAUGACAAGUUGCACUCCGUAGUGUAGGGCAGGUUAGAAAGUGCAGCCGCGUCACAGAUCCAUCUGCUUAUCCUGUUCCCAGCAUCACAAAUUCCAAAACACGACUGGAAUGGUCUACCAUGGGUAUGCGCAUCACAAAUGUCCUUGUCAUUGUAAAUCUGCAUGGCAACUCUGGGGUGGGGACGUUUUUCCUCAGGAUAAGUAGCGGCGGGUCGACACUGUUCACGAAAACGACGACGGUAGACCAGCGGAUUUUGCAUCAACUAGUCCCCUCCACGUUCCAGAUUUUGCCGGCUACUUCGCGGUCAAGGUCUCAGCAACACUACCAGCAUUUUGGAAACAAUGGUAACCACAGCGCCAGCAGCACAUCACCUGCUCUACAACAACUUCCGGACGCAACCUCUUUCGAAAGUUUUUACUCGGUCGGGAGCGAAAAUUUUUAUAACGGAAACCACAGAGACGGAGCAAUGGUAAGUAGUAGCACCACAACCUCGUCCACACAAGAAGAAACGACAACUUUUUCCCUCUUAGUAUACAACAUUUGGAUGAUGCCGAAGUUGCUGACCGACUGGUUACCCAAAGCGCUGAACCUGUCUCCCGGGAAAUUUUACCGGUCUCGCCUGAUCCCGCACAAAAUUCCCAAGACCGACGUGCUGGUGUUCUGUGAAGCCUUUUUAUCGCAAGAAAAAAGUGGUACAGUUACACAUUGUGUUGCAGGCCAAGCAAGACAGGCAAUCUCUGUAAUGCCGGAUCUGCAUAGGAGCCUCGUUUCGUAGGUGUUUCCCGUAGGAUUUCUGCAUUACAAGUUUUCUCUCUCAUGCAGAGAAAUUUGUGUUGCUGAAUUCACUACAAAUGUGUAACUGUAACACUUUUUUCGUGGGAUACUUUUGCGACUUGGAGAUGGACCUGAUCGGGCAGAUUCUGCGGAUAUGCAAGAAAAAAAGAAGAAUUGUAAGUUUGUGUUGCGAAGGAGACAAGACAGUCACACUUGUCAUGCUGGAUGUGCGUCAUAGGCUUGCUCCAUACGCGUUUUCACGCACUCGCUGCGCUGCAUUACAAGUUGUUUCUGUAAUGCAAAACAAAUUUGUGAUGCCACUCUCAUACUAAGUACACACUUACACAUUUUUUUUUUCGGGCAUAGUGGAAGCAGUACGGCUACUGCUAUGACACCGUGGCGCCCCUGUCCGCGAUCCUGAACUCGGGCGUGAAGAUUUACUCCAAGCUAUCCUAUGUAGAAACGUCCCCACCCCAUAGUCAAGCUGUACACACAAAUUACAUGAUCAAGCAUGACACACAUAGAUCCGUACACCUUUGCAAAUGCUUCGCUCUAGUGCGUUGCAUUCUGGUUUUUGUUUUACAUCAUUUUCAUUUUCACAUACUCAUUAUAAAAAUACAUACACAUAAGUAGAUUAUAGUCAUUCUAAUUGCGCGAAAGUAGUUGGUUGCGGACGGUAGUAGUUUCAGCGAAUGGUAGUGAGCCGGCACCCUCGGUGUGCCAUUCGCAUGACCUUGAUUCUACUUACGCGAGCACCCACAGGCUCCGAGUUGCCUAUGUUCUAGGUCAGAACAGCGACCCGACCAGAGCCUGCGGGACCCCGAGGGCAGAAGUCCCCAACCCCUACAAGCACGCGCAUAGCAAUAAAUACAGUACUAUAUAUUAACAAUGGCCACAUAGAAUAGCACGUUUUUCUCUUCUCGUCGUAGUUGGUUCUCCACACUCCUUUCCUGAAAAUUUGAAGUUUCUCUGUGCUUUAUUUUGGUCUCUUCCAGUACAUAAACACCCCAUAGUCAAGCUGGGAAAUGUGCUAGACAAAUCAAUUACCUUUGGUCGCUGCGCAUGACAAGUUUGGCCUCGUAGUGCGAUUCUGUUUAGCUAGCGUCAGCAGCAUGACAGAUCUAGCACAUCAUGCCCAUCCGAGCAUCACAAACUCGAAAGCACGACUGGAAAACGCUGCUCAUGGGGUUCCGCAUGAGAAACAUUUUUACUAUGCAGCUUUGCAUGACAGCUAUGGGGCGGGUGCGUUUUUGCAUAGGAUAAAUGCACAAGAUUUUGAAAGCGGAAUCGAAAAUUUUUGAAAAGUGGAGCGGUGACGUAUCAUAUGUAAAAACACCCCCACACCACAGUCAAGAUGGGAAGUCUGCAACACAAAUCCCCAAGUUUUGGGAGUUCUGCAUGACAAAUUUGGCCACAUGGUGUAAUCCUGUUUGGCUAGUUCAGCAGCAUCACAGACCUAGCGCAUCAUGCCGAUUGGAGCAUGACAAAUCUCGCAACACGACUAAAAAAUGCCUCUCUCGGGGCUCCGCAUGAGAAGCAUUUUUACCAUGCAGGUUUGCAUGACAACUCUGGGGUCGUGGGGGCGUUUUUGCAUAGGAUAUGACGAGGGCGCUGCGAGCAAGGGCGUUACGUACGCGGAGAUUGUGAUGCACCAAAAGAGUUUUCACGUGUUCGCGGCGCACUUGCAGGCGUGGGAGAGCGCCAACGCGGUGAAGGCGAGGGAGUCGCAGAUUUUAGAAAUUCACGACUUCAUCCAGGCGCAGGACAUUCCGGAAACGGAGCCGGUCUUCAUCGUGGGGAUAUGCAAAAAGAUACAACUUCUGCGCAAAAGUUGACUUUGUCAUCAUGCUAGAAGAGAUCAGGGCAAAUUUCUACGGCAAUUUCAAAAUUAUUGUUUUUGUCAUGCGUUCGCGUUUAGGUUCACUUCGAGAGCAGCAACUUUUGCCAUGCAUACAGGGAUCUGAACAUCGACUUUUUUGACCGGAGUGGGGAAUACGAGUUUUUGAUCUCCUCGCUCGACGCCGACAAUUAUCUGAACAACAGUAUUUGGCAGACGUACCAGAAAACUACGCGACCAGGAUUUCCGCCGAGUCGGAUGACUCCCAUAUCACAAGGAAAAAUCCCCCCUCCCCAUAUCAAAACGAAGUUUCUGAUGCUGGAUAUGCGUACACAAAUCCGACUUGUCUUGCAGUAGAGCACUGCGGCCGGAUCCGCAGCCUAGGUAGGAGCGUUUUGGUCUAGUUGGCAUUGCAAACGGCUACCCUAUACCUAGGACCAGCAGCAUGCCAAAUCGCUUCCGCAAUUGGUUGGAUGCCUCUGCUCUUGUCUUCUUGCAAGACAAACCUGAUUUGUGGUCACAAAUCAGCAAUGCAAAUUUUCGCAAAGAGAAAGAUACCUUUUCAAUAUGGGGAGGGGGGAUUUUUCCUCUCAAUAUCCCAACGCGGCCGCACGUGUGGAGAAAAAAGUGCAGCAGUACUACGCGAAAAGCAUGGUGGCCGCCGGCGGGGAGGAAGUGAAGCAGCUGGAGACGGAUCAUUUGUUAAAGAACAACGAGUAUGGAUUGUAAAAAUGUCUGGGGCUGGAAAAUUGCUACAUUUGUCUUGCAUGUCUGACAUGACUCAAGAAUCUGUGAUGCAUGGGCACGAAGCGGUCCUCUUACCUGUCACGCAAGAACGCAGUUUGCCAUGCGGAACACGCAACACAUAGGAGCCCAAAAAUUUGUCAUGCUUGGCUUCGUAUUGCAGUGGGCCUCUCAUUCACCUCUAGCAUUACAAGUUUCCAGACCCAGACAUAUUUGCAAUGCAUAACGAGGAAGAGAAUUCCGACGGCAUGAUCAACAGCAACGACGAGGAAGAAGCGGAAGAGAUCAUUACCACCAAACCGGCGACCGAAAUGGGCAUGGACGCCUUGAGUUCCGUGAAAAUUUUAACCAAGACAAGCCCAGCGAAAAACAAGAAUUUGAAAACCACGGUGGGCGGACCUUCGGGCGGCAUGCCGAGCCAGGGCGAGGGAGAGGACGAGGAAAAUUUAUUGAACGCGGAUUUUGCAACUGAUGCAACCACCGGUCGUAGUUCAAAAAAGGAGAAAAAGAAGAAAUCUUCAGCGAAAAAAUCAGAGGGUGAUAAUUCUCACCCCGUGGUCUCCUCUUCUUCCGGUUUGUUGAACGACAAAACGUCGGGAAAUAAACAAAAUAUGAACCAACGUGCGAAGGAAAACGAGGUUUUUUCUUCCCCGUUGUUCCACGACCGGUUCGUGGAAGUGGGAAAUCUUGCGGAAAACAAGAGUCCUGUUUCUGGAUCAACUUCCAGCAGUACUAGAACCACCUCCAAGCAGCAGAAUAGUUGUACUAAACCACAUCUGCUGCCGCACGACUGGGCCUUUUCCGUCGAUCCGGCGCUGAAUCAGUGGAUGCAGCUGGGCUCCAUCAGUGCCGAUGACAAGGCCCAGUGCUUGGACCACAUUCUCGUGUCCCGACGACAUCUCCAGCCCAAACUGGUGAGCAGUAGAGAUCAUCAGGAUCCCGCGGUAGUACCGAGCGGCGCCCAAGCAGCUGUAAACACCGUAAAGGUACUCCGGCUGCGGGCGCGAGAGGACGAAGCCUUCCCGCACGAUGCUGCAACAGGAGCAAACACGACCACCUCGGGAGGCGAUGGAAACAGUGGGAGGAGUAAAAAUGCGGUCGCGCCGGAGAUCAUGAGCAGAGACGAAAACAACUCUACGAAUAAUUCAUUGUCGCCAAGCAAGGGAUCAAGGGCGGCGCGGAGGAAAGACGGCAUUGAAGUAAUGGAAAUGCGGGAUUUGUCGGACCACUUUCCUAUCAUGGGAACUUUUCGCUUUUGAUUUGAAAUGAUUUUUUUUGGCCCGCGUGGCAACAGUUUCCAAUUGUCAUGUCGUGAUGUCUUGACCUUGAAUCAGUUUCGUUUCUUGAAAAACCAAUGCGCGACUUGUUCUACUUCUUUCAGCAGUUGUUGUGUAUAAUGUACAGAAAGAACGAGGCAGCAGGGUUACUUUCUUUGUGUGCAUCUUCGGGUUGUAGACGACUUCGAAUGCACGGAGUUGUAAUGCUACUUCUGUAUGAUUUUAUUUUCGCCGCCAUUUUUCCGGUAACCAAACCUAUACCAUACUGCAACUUGGACAAUGAAAAUGAAUCGCUAUGUUUUGAACUUUCGUACAAAAAGGCAAAUUUGGAUGCGCUGUAUUUUGUAUGGCAAAGGCGAGGCGAGAAGGAGAAAAUCAUGAAGCAAAAUCCCAGCGACUACUUACAGCAGCACUCCUUGUUAGUACCACGGCGUCGGUCGUUGUCGUUCUG